UGGAGAGCUUUUCUCGCCUUUUCCGCCUUUUGCGGCGGGGACUCUGUAUCUGAUUUCGUUGAUUCUGCUGUCCCUUUUGUAUGAUUUCGCCGCUUUAUCGUUCAAAUCCGCCUUUCCCUUGCCUAUGCUGUGGGGGCAGUUUUUGGAUCCCGAGCUUUUUACUCACCUUGUCAAUUUGAGCAGCUGGAUUAGGUUUCUGGAGGCCUUGAUCAGUGGCUUUCACCUGGGGGGAAAUUCCUUGUUCCUUUAGCUGUAUUGGUGCUACAGUGAGAUUAUUCCGUGUCUCGUGAUAGCGAUGUUUCCUAUGACUAGCUGAAUUGUGUCUGUGUUCUCUUCUCCUGAAUCAUGCCCUUUUGGUUUUGAAUCAUUUUGGCAUGUUCUACUCUCCGAAAGGCACAUUCCCUUUUCCUGUCUCUAUUCCUAGAGCACUGUGCUCAAUCCUUUCUCUUUAAAUCUCGGUCAUAUUGACUGGUUUCUCCACCACUCGUCUUGUUUGAGCUGAAGACGUUGUUUGUGAGGAUUCGAGAUGAUAGGCAUUCAGAAUAAUAAGUCUCACAAGAAUGAUAAACAGUUUCCAGGAUGCCUGGGUAGAAUGGUGAAUCUGUUUGAUCUGAGUGCAGGUGUAUCUGCCAACCGGCUGCUCACGGACAAACCACACCGUGAUGGUCUCUCGAGGAGUCGAUCUGAUGUAGCAAGGAUAUUGGGUACUCCAGCGGGAAAUAAGAGAGAAGAUAAAAUGGUCUAUCCUGACUUGAGAAGCUUGCCUACCAGAAAAUCUCAUUCUACCCCCAUGAAAAUGCUUAUAGCACAGGAAAUGUCGAAGGAAAUCAAGUCUAAGCAUGGCCCAUCCAAUGUGGUUGCCAAGUUGAUGGGGCUUGAUGCUCUUCCUCGGCAACAGCACGAUUCUCUCAUGCAAAGAUCCCAGUCAAAAGAUUAUUCACACCGUAUUUUAAGCCAUUCCGGGGAACCUGCUCAAUAUUGGCCUCAAGAGCAUAACUUUUUGGACGAGGGAAUGAAGUGGAAAGCUCACGAAUAUGAAGACCACGGUGACUAUAGAGAUGUUUAUGAAAUCCGAAAGGAAUCUCGGAAGAUGAAUUCCUUGAGAGACAAAUCACCCCUUAGAGGAAUGUAUAGUGAAAAAGAGACAAGGAAGAAAAUGGAGCUUGUUCGUCAGAAGUUCAUGGAAGCAAAACGUUUGGCAGCAAAUGAGAAACUUUGCCAGUCCAAGGAGUUUCAAGAUGCUGUGGAAGUCUUAAGUUCCAAUAAAGAGUUCUUUCUCAAGUUCCUUCAAGAACCCGAUGCUCUAAUUUCCAAGCAUCUGAACAAAUUGGAGUCCAUUUGUGCACCUCCAGAAACAAAACGCAUUACUGUUCUUAAACCAUCAAAGAUGGUUGAUCUGGAGAAAUUUCCCACUCAAGGGAAAAAGAAUGACUAUCCGAUAAAAAGGCCUGCCCAGGUGGUCCAAGAGACUUAUCUUGCUUACGAUAUUGAUGAGUAUGCUAAUCAACCAACUCGAAUUGUGGUCUUAAAGCCUAAUGCUGGAAAGAUGAGUGAGAUCAAGUCCUCUAUUUCAGUUGCUUCCCCAACACCCAGGAUAUUGCUUGGUGAAAGCCCAUUGGAAGCUGAAGAUUACAGGAUCGAUGGAUCAGAAGAAGUGGUCGAAGAAAAUACUUGCUAUAUGCACAGAAAUUCAAUGGGUGAUCGAAGAGAUGAAAUUCUGAUGUCUCCGGCUUUUGGGGACGAGAUCUCAUUUAAUGAAUCAGAUGAUCAAUGUGCACUGGAAAGUUUUAGUGAGUAUGAAGGCGUUUCACCAAAUUCAAGGCAUUCGUGGGAUUGCGUCAAUGGGUCUGGUAGCCCUUUUUCAUCUUCUUUGUUCAGUCGGACAUCUUAUUAUCCAGACUCAUCCGUUUCCAGAGAGGCGAAAAAACGUCUCUCUGAAAGGUGGGCUAUGAUGGCAUCAAGCAGAGGUUCUCUAGAAGGAAGACGUAGUCGGAGAAGCUCUAAUUCAUUGGGGGAGAUGCUUGCACUUUCUGAUAUGAAGAAGUCGGUUGUGAACAAUGGUGAAGGCAAUGAGAGAGAAGAAGUGUCUGCAACUAAUAAUUGGGACAAGGGCGUUGCUAUUGAUAUGCCAGUGAGUCUGCAGAGAUCGAGGUCUCUACCUGCAUCUUCUACGGAUUAUGGCCAGAGGAACCUCGAAGUCUUGGGUUCUGCCGCUAACAAAACAAAUUCUCUGAAGGAGCCAACCAAGAAAAGUGCAACGUCCUUCAAAGGGAAGGUCUCAAGCUUCUUCUUUCCCAGAAAUAAGAGAUCAAGUAAAGACAAGUGUACUCCGUCUCGAUCAACGGAAGAAUCUCAAUCUGCUCCUGCUGAUAUUCCACAAUCUUCAGUCCCUGCGUAUCCUCAUGAUAAGGUCAGUUAUUAUGCUAAUCAAUUUGCUGAAGACACUCAACUGGAGGAAUGUUCAUCUCCCGACUUCCCUAGGAGACGUUCUCCCGAUACGACCGAGAUGGGCCAAAAGCCAGGCGUAGUUUUUCAAAAGUCAGAGAAGUCUAAUAUAGAGCCUGCAAUGCUGGGAAAUUCAAUUGAGAAUGCCGAUCAGCCCAGUCCCAUAUCAGUUUUGGAGCUUCCAUAUGAAGAGGGCGAUACUGCUACCACCAUGUCAUCUGGAAAACAAGUUCCGAUGCAUCCUUUGAUGUCUAAUUUGAUUGACAAAUCUCCACCUAUUGAAUCUAUAGCGCGGACUCUGUCCUGGGACGAUUCGAGCUCGGGAAGUUCCUCUCCACAUUCAUCAGAACCUGUUUCACACGAACUUCUUGAACAAGAGUGGCUCUCUCACAUUAGGAAAAUCCUAUCCACUGCUGGGCUCGACGGAAAGAACCAAUGGAAUGUGUUUUCUUUUAAUUGGCAUUCCCCGGAAAACCCAUUGGACCCAUCACUGGGGGACAAACUUGCUAACACAGAAGAGGAGGAACCCAUGCACGAGGCCCAGAGAAGGCGGCUAAGAUUGAACAGGAAGCUCGUGUUUGACUGUGUCAAUGAAGCACUAGUUGAGAUCAUGGGCAAUGAGCCUACUGGUCGUCAAGGGCCGUCCUUAUUAUGUAAGGAGCCUCCAUUGACAUUGCAUGACCGAGUGUGGUCGCUGAUAAGGGAACGGCUGUCCUGCGAGGUGACCGGGGAUGAGUGGAACGGCCAGAGCCUGGCAGUGGAGGUGGCGGUGAGGAAGGAGGUUGUGAUGGGUAGAGGGUGGUGGGCCGAGAACUUCAGGCUCGAAAUCAGUAAUCUGGGGAAGGAAAUCGAGCAGGAAUUGCUUCGUGAGCUUAUGGACGAGACUCUUAUUGAUUUAAUUUGACUGGUACAAACAACAUUGUGAAUCCAUAACAAUUUGUAAAACUGUUUUAAUUUGAGCAUGGUGUAAUUCUCUGCUCAUUGUCCGUGGUUUAGAUAAAUGUAAGCAUGUAAUAUAUAUUCAAUGUUUGACAUAAAGUAAAAUGGCAAAAAAGAAAAAAGAAAAAAAAGGCAUAUACAUAUAUAUGGUA